AUGAUCGCUUCACUCGGUGAAGAUGAAGUCUAUGAUUAUGACUCUCCAGUCAUGCGCACUUAUGAGACACCAUUUGAGUUGAGAGAAAGGGACGAGGGACUUUUAACGUGUAACUACAACUCCAUGUCGAAAAAUUCAACCACCUAUUGGGGCGAUGCAACUUCUGAUGAAAUGUGUUAUGCAUUUGUGCGUUACUACCCAUUCAACGAGAAUAUGAAAUACAUAACGAAUCAGGGAACGCGAGAUGCCUGCGCCGUUGAUACACUUUCCGAUGGGGAUACAUUAGGAGUUGUUGAUGGCUGCGACCUAGAUAAUUUCAUUAAGAAUGAAAUCCCUGGAAUCGCCAACGCUACAGAGAUGAUAUGCGAUGUUACUGGACUCAGUUGCUAUUCUGAAUGUUUGGACGCCAAAAAGGAAUUAAUUAAGACAAAUGUAUGCGUGAGAGAGGAGGAUGCCAUUGAAAUGACAGAAUCAUUUUUGUCCGCCGCAUAUUUUGACUUGGAGCCAUUUUGGAGAGCUUUCCAUUCAUGUGAUGAAAAAAUUGCUGCUGAGGAAACUAAAGAUGGAAACAAAGCUGCUACCAUGACAACUUCAUUGACCUUAACGGCAUUGGUUUUCUUAAAUGCCUUUACUAAGCUCUUUACUUAAAAUAUAAAGCACAUAAAUGAGAUCGCUGAUUAUAAAUUUUCAAUGUUGUUUGACAUAUUUUAAGAUAGAAAAAUAUAAAAUAAAUAAUUUUGAUGAUCUAGAUUUAUUAUUACAGUAAUAAUUCUCGUUUUGCUUGUGUUAGUCAUUUU